AUGCCCUUUGCUUCUCCUCCGCACAUGGUCCUUGUCCUGGUCCUGGUCCUGGUCCGAUUGUGGGCCGUCUGGCAGGCAUUCUCCGCACGAUCAGGACUCGUGGGUUCUACUGUUGUACUGUAUCCGUCAGAAUUUCUCCACGCUGUGGAAUGGAAGCUCGCAGUGUGA